CAAAUACAUUUAUCAGACUAUAUAUAUAGACUAUUAAAAACCCAAAUAUAUUGCCAUCAAAAAUGAGAAAGGAGAGCAUCAAAACUUCACAAUUAAAGAGGAUGGCGUGAAUGUCUUUUUUUCAUAACUGUCAAAAUAGUGGCUGUAUAUUUUGUCUUUCAACGUGUCGAUCGUUUCAGCUCUCUGUAAUAUUUUGAUUGCUAAAACACAAAUAUGUGUAAUUAACGUCAACAAGGAAAUGCCAACUAUUUGCAUAAUUUAUGCGCCAACUCCGUUGCCAUGGUUACAAGUCAAAACACAGCGACUCCAGGUCGAGACGACUUUAACUGUGCGCUCGCGUAACUUUUCUUUUUCGUUCAGUUUCUGUCACUUACUUAUCCACAAGUUGUUUUCCAAAAUGUCACCAGCUCCUGCAAAGAGAAUGUUUUUUGGCAGCACUCAGGAGAGGAAACUUUUUCCUCUGCAUCAUGCACCAGACCGGCUGGGAAACCAAAUGUCACGACCGGAAGCGCCACAUGUCGGCCCUGGCUGCUAUGACAACCAUGAGUUUGGCACCAUACUUUACGACCUACAGAAGACACCUGAGAGUAAGAAAGGAUAUGGUCUCUCUGCGAGGACUGCAGCACGCUUUCCACCUCGUAGCAAGAAUGUGACCCCUUCACCUCAGCAGUACCAGCAGGAUCAAAGCCAGUCCAGACUCCCCGCUCCUGGAAAAGCACCUUUCAACUUAGCUACACAGAGGUUCAAAACAAUGUCAAGCACAGCUGAGGACAGUCCAGGCCCCGGGGCCUACGCUCAUGAUGCAGUGACAAACAGGAAAGUGAGCUGGCCAAUGUGCUUUGGGAGCCCAGACUGGUCCAGACUACCCCAGCUGGAGAAGAAGUCACUCAGAGUGAAGCUGAGCAGUGAUAAGGCAUUCCUGAAACACAGAGGCAGAGUGGCAUACCUGAGUUUGUACUAUUAACUCUAAACCCGUCAUGAUGUUGACACAUUACUUUUCUUAAGUAUUACUGUCAACAGAAGAGUGGCAUAAACAGUUUAAUAU